AUUCACCUUUUGCUCUUACAUCGUUCCUCCCAACAACGCACCAUGGCUGCCGAGGACUCUGCGACUGGUCUGCUUACUGCACUGACAUCCGCCUUGCAGCUGGCGACCUCUACGUUUCCCGACGAUGAGGAGCAAUUCCUACCUCCCAGCGAAGGCAUCUCGCUUCUGGACAUUAAGAACGACCUUUUACUCUCCUACCUCCAGAACUUAACCUUCCUCGUAUUACUGAAACUAAGACAAGGCGAUGAAUCACAAGAGAAUCAGAGUAUUGGGGCGGAAGUCGUGAACAAACUGGUCGAGCUGCGAGUCUACCUAGAAAGAGGCGUCCGACCACUGGAGAACAAAUUGAAAUAUCAAAUUGAUAAAGUCAUCAGAGCCGCAGAGGAAUCCGAUCGUCGUGAAGCCAAUAAAGGUUCUACCACCGCCACCACCAAAAAGACCAAAGACCGAGCCAUACCCACUACCAAAACGCUUAACCCAGGCUCAGAUAUCUCUGCGUCCGAGUCGGAAGAUGUCGAGUCGGAAGAGGAAGCAGAUGGAGAUAUCGAUGGGGACGUGGCAGCUGCACCAAGACCUGCCGCGUUGCAACGCAAAGUCGAGUCUUCACAGACAAGAGCGGCGUCUUCAACAUCAAGGACCACAGGAACGGGCGCAUACAAGCCGCCCCGGAUUACCCCUACAGCUAUGCCGGAGGCAUCAUCCUCCACUCGAGACCGCAGUGACCCCACCCGCAAACGAAAAUCACAACUUCUGGACGAAUACAUCGACGAGGAGCUCUCCUCUGCCCCGCGCGCACAACCUUCGAUCGGUUCAAACAGCACGAUCAUCCAGCACGGACGUGGCUCCAUGUCCUCACGGGAGCGUGAACGGCAAAAAGAACGUACCGAGUACGAAGAGCGUAACUUUGUCCGUCUGCCGGCUCUCAGCAAGGCAGAAAAGCGCAAGGCAAGGGCACAGGGCGAGCGAAACCAGAGGGACCUCUUUGGCGGCGAGGACUGGACUGGACUGGGCGGCCUGGGUGACAGGAUCAACAGGACUGUGGCAGGGCGUUCGCGAGGGGAGGGUGGAGGUGUUCUCGAACGAAGGGAGAAACGGCGAAGAGACACACAGGACGGACCGAGAGGUGACGGCGUUGGCAUCGGAGAAACCUUUGAAAAGAAGAGGAAAGUCAUGCAGCAGAGGAUGGAUCGGAAGGCGAGAAGAAAAGGGUGAAAAUGUGUCAUAUGUCUGUCUGAGUCCAGCCUUCCCCUCUC